CACGAUGUUACAGGCAUUAAGGUUUUGUUUAAUGGGUGCCGGAGGGAAAAUGUCAGCAGGUAAUCGUAAACAACUGACGCCUACACUAACUGACAUGAUGGGAUGUACUGAUGACUCAACACGUAUGGUGGCAUCUGGAUGUGUCGGUGUACUGUGUUUGUCCCUGACCGAUGAUGAACUAACAGAUAUUUUAUCUCAACAGUUACUUGAUACAAGCUCGUCAGUAGACUGGACGUUAAGACAUGGUAGAGGGACAGCAUUAAGUAUAGCAAUAAAAGAGGCACCAGACAAAAUAUGGACCGGAAGGUCGGAUAAUGUUAGAAAAACCGUAAUUAGUCUAACUGAAGCUGAUAGAAUACCUUUAUGUACAAGUGGUUACAGAUGCCUAGGUUAUUUAUUAAGCUAUCUUAUAAAACAAAAUGAAAUAGAGAAAGACCUAAUCUCUUCACUAAUGAAGGGUUUAAAACAUGAUUCAAAUGACAUAAAACAAAUGAUCGGACAGAUUGUGUCUUAUAUAAUGUCAAAAACCACUGAGCCGUUAGACCCUGCAGUAUGUAAAAUGAUGGUCUCACCACUGGUUAUGGGAACGAAGGAGAAGAACACCGUAGUACGAACUAACUCGGAACAUGCAUUAGUCUCUCUACUACAACUUAGAAAAAGCGAUUCUUAUUAUAAGACUGUGAUUGCGAUGUUAGACUCUGGUAUGCAGGACUCUGUACAAGAAGUUAUGACAAAAUCACUGAGAAAAAUCGCAAGUCAACCAGAAUCCCCAACAGAUCAAAUGGAUGACACUAUUCUUGUAUAGCAGGACUUUAAAUAUGACUUAGUACAUAAAUUAUUUGACAUUUAUAAAUAAAUUAUUUUAAUUAUCCUAUAGACAGAUAAAGAUUUCAUUCAAGUUUCCAGAGUUUUUUAGAUUGAAAAUUGUGGUUUGUGACAAAGAACUUUUUUCACAGUUCUGAAGGUGUGUAAUUAUGCCGACUCGGAUAUUUGAAAAUAUUUGUGACUUUAUUUGUGAAAAAUGAAUCAAGAAUACAUGAACAUUAGAAUGAUUAAUGCUCAUUUACCAGUUUCAUUCAUGUAAAACAUUAAAAAUAGGCAAAGCAUUGAACAGUGGUCAUCUGAUUACACAAAAACACUUGCAUUGAAUUAUCUGUGUAAGUUAACGUAAAAAUAGGUAGAAAGAUAUCCAAUUACCACAAAAGUAUAAGCAAUAUUUUUCUGAUUUGCUCACAAAUAUGUUAGUGUAGUUAACACUAUAAGAAUUAUUUUUCCUGCUUGUAAGAUUUAUUUGUGAAGGCAGACUUACUAAAUUUAAGACAAACUUGCUAUAAUUGAAUAUACAUGUAAAUGAAGUUAUUCUUCAUAUUUGUCGUAAUGUUUUUCUCAAAAUUAUUGCUGUGAAAUUUCCUUAUAUUGACAGUGUAUUAA